UUUCUACGAGAAGCUGCAAUCUGGGCUCACCUCGUCCACGACAAUAUUGUCACACUUUAUGGAACGACAGAGGGGUUUGGGCCAACCACAGCCCUGGUCUCUCCGUGGUUUCCGGACGGCACGCUGCUCCCAUCCGGGCUCUACUAUCGUCCGUUUUUCCUUCAUGGUUCCUUGCUUCAACUAACAAAUUUGCCGUUAGUCCACUCUUUUCCCAUUGUUCACGGCGACAUCACGAGCUCCAACGUUUUGGUAGAACUCAAGGACGGAGAAUACAAGGCUUGCUUGACUGACUUCGGUUUUUCGAUUGUCCUCGGCGGGCCUUUCAAAGGUCGUGUGGUUGAAGGAUCAACUGUCAGGCCUGGCGCAACCAGAUGGACUGCGCCUGAGUUGCUCGGGUCACACGACCACCCUUCCGAAGUCAAACCAACCACGCAGAAUGACAUGUAUUCCUAUGGUCGUGUCAUGUUUCAUUUGUUGACUCUGGUCAUUCCUUGGCAUGAUAUCGACGAUUUCAAAGUCGUUCAGAAAAUCCUUAGCAGAGAAGAGAUCCCGCGUCCUGAGACAUCCGAUGGGACGUCUCACGUCACGGACGCCCGCUGGAAUCAGAUCGAGCAGUGUUGGUCAGUCGAUCCCUCUGCUCGUCCAUCUGCCUUCAUGGCUAUGGAGUUCGUAAAGAAUGAACUAGAGGUUGUGAAACAAGAUGUAAGCUUAUGA